ACCUGACUUACACUCGCCAUUUACAAUUCGCAAAGCACGGAUCUACGAUCAGCCCCAGUGUAAGAAAAACUCAAUAGUUCAGCUACGACUUUGGUUUCAACGUUAACGCAGCUUACUUUGAUUUUACCAAGAGGAGAAACAAUUACACUGUCAUUGCGUCAUAAAUUUAAACAAACCUUUGCAAGAUGAUGCUGGCACGAGUUUGUCGAGCUUCACUCUCCCCUAAUGUUAGUAGUCUACUCAAAACACCGCCAGUUUCCAAAUCCCUCGUACCCAAAGUCGAAACCUUACGACUUUUCGCCAGCGAUGGACGCAAUAGCUUCAUUCGCUCUGCUCGGAAAAGGAUGACCAUUACUGAGAGAGCUAUGGCACCUGCCGGUGAAGCUGCUUUCAGUGUAGGUAAAGGAGCCCUUGCUGGAUUUUCUGCCCUUGCUUUGGGUGGACUCUGUUAUUAUGGGCUGGGUCUUUCUAAAGCUACCGGUGCCAUCGAUCAUGCUGUGUUUUGGCCAGAAUAUGUGAAGGAAAGAAUCAAGGCAACUUACAUGUACUUUGGAGGUUCGAUUUUGAUAACAGCAGCGAGCGUAGCUGCGUGUCUCAGAUCACCGGCAGUAAUGAAUGUUGUAAUGAAACAAGGAUGGCUAGCUCUUGGUGUUACCCUGGCGGCGAUGAUUGGCUCAGGCAUGGUUGCACAGAGUAUUCCUUACAGCCCGGGUUUUGGAGCUAAACAAAUCGCGUGGAUUGUCCACAGUGGAAUAAUAGGCGCAGUUGUGGCACCCAUGUGCCUUCUCGGAGGACCAUUGGUGGCCAGAGCUGCCCUGUACACAGCUGGAGUAGUCGGCGGCCUUUCAACCGUCGCCGUAUGCGCACCAAGCGAUAAAUUCUUGUACAUGGGGGGACCUUUGGCUAUCGGUUUUGGGGUUGUUUUCGCCAGCUCGAUUGGAACCUUUUUCUUACCUCCUACCACUGCUCUUGGUGCCGGCUUACAUUCAGUUGCAAUUUACGGAGGUCUCAUACUGUUCUCCGCAUUCUUACUCUACGAUACACAGAAAAUUAUCCAUCGUGCCGAAACCCAUCCCGCAGUGCCAUAUGCCAAUGUCAGGCCUUACGAUCCGAUCAACAAUGCUAUUUCGAUCUACUUGGAUACAGUCAACAUCUUUAUCCGAAUUUUAUCAAUUUUGGCUGGCGGGGGUAACAGGAAGAAAUAAAUUAUGGAAGGUUGUGCGGGGAAAAUCUAUACGUGAUGUGUUGAUUUAUUUUGUACGGUUUGUAACGAAAGUUGGAAUUAUGAGAUGAGCGUAGUAUUCAUUAACAUGUACAUCUGGAAGUAUCAUCCGUUGAGAGUAUAUUAUUUAUGCUAGCUGUAAUAAUAGUAUAAUAUACAAUAAAGCAAAAAAUUUGAAGAGUUGUUCAAUGUAACUUGA